UUUUAAUGGACUCCCCCCUUUAAUGGUCUUUACUUGUAUCGUCCAGGGCUGCAGGAAGAGCCCUGAGCCGUACGUGAGAAGCCUGCAUGGAUUCCCGGAUAACCUGGAGACGACAAACGCCUGGAACGAGUUCGUGAGGAGGACCAAGCCGCGGUGGAGCGGCAACACUCCGUCAUCGAGGAUCUGCAGCGAGCACUUCCUUCCGGCCUGUUACAAGAACCACAUGGCCUGGUCGAUGGGGUGGGUUAGGACGCUGGAACUGGUUGAUGACUUCCAGGUGCCGACGAUAUACCCCGCAGAGAUCAUGAAGAACGCCGCGUCGCCCAUCAAGGUUGAGUGCAAGCAAGAGAGGAGCCCGAGUCCACCAGUUAGCUCCGCCAUGCCCGAACCGCCGCGCUGCUUAGCGACCGUAAAGCCAGAGCCCGGUCAGGAAUGUGACGUGAAGCCAGAGUGUCAGGUGAUGUACGUCGUCAGACACGUGGCGUGCCAGACAGACCCUCCACCUGAUUCCCCCGUGACACGAUCGGUCGGCACACAGCUGACCAGAAAACAUCACUAUCGAAGUACAGCUUCGCAGGUGAAACCAAUGGGCCGAGAUUGUGGCGUCUGCACAGAGCCCUUAGACAGUCCCAUGCUGUUCCUACAACCAAUACUGGUGAAAAGACCAUCCAAGAGACGUCGAGACAGCCAGGAAGACGUGGGGGAAGGCACCUCGCAGCACGUCACAGCAUCGACAGCGCCUCAGGACAAAAACAGUUCAGUGUGAACCUGUGAGCUGCUGGGGUGCAGCAGCAAUACCUUCUUGGACCAGAGGAUAUGAACACGUGUCCCUGUGGCUUUUCUCUUUGGUGCUGGGAAAAAGUUAAUUCAACGUCUUGUCAAAAAAGGCCAGAAAAGCUGAAGCUUUGUGCCACAGAUAAAAACUGACCAAUGCUUGCUGUGGUGUAACAUACAUCCUGGUCAAGGUGACUUUGUAUCAGGCAAUCUGCUGUGAAGACUUGCCUUGAUCCUCAUCCUAUGGGACGUCUGUACAGCUUGAAACAGACAAAAGCUGCCAGACCCCCACCUCUGUUCUCAUUGACUGUCUGACAGGCGACUGUAGCAACAUGAUUAGCUCUCUUGGUUGGUAACAACUCCACAGACACUACUGCUCUAAGGACAAACGAAGACAGGUGGCAGAUUUGUAGAACACUAGUGCCAAAAGUUAUUUCCCAUUCUGAGGGUCUAGAACCCAAUUAUUUAUUGUGAUGAGGCUUUGCCCAUGUUUUCUAAAAACUUUGUGUCUUUGGGAUCAAAUAUCUGCUGAUCUUUUAGUUUAAAUUUAACAGGACUAAUCAUGGCAGACAAUUUUAAAGGACGUUUUUGUAUGAAAAACGAAGAAUUAAAACCGCGUCAGUUUUCUUUAAGCUGCAACAUGGUUUAAAGGCCUGGGAAGGCCUUGGGAUCCUCCAGGAGGAGCUGGAGGAUGUUGGUUUUGUUUUGCUUUUUACAGAAAUGACUGACAAUGCCAGUGAAAUCCAG